ACAGUUGAUUCUGAAAUAUGGAAUGCAUCAGAAUACACUUCGUAUCAAAGAGAUUCAUGAUGGUCUGGAUUUCUAUUAUUCCUCAAAACAACAUGCUCAGAAGAUGGUAGAAUUUCUUCAGUGUACAGUUCCCUGUAGAUACAAAGCAUCACAAAGACUGAUCUCUCAGGAUAUUCAUAGUAACACAUAUAAUUACAAAAGCACUUUUUCUGUGGAAAUUGUUCCAAUAUGCAAGGAUAAUGUUGUCUGUCUGUCUCCAAAACUGGCACAAAGUCUGGGAAAUAUGAACCAGUUCUGUGUAUGUAUUCGAGUAACUAGUGCCAUCCAUCUUAUAGAUCCAAACACCCUACAAGUUGCAGAUAUUGACGGGAGCACUUUCUGGAGUCAUCCUUUCAAUAGUUUAUGCCAUCCCAAACAGCUGGAGGAGUUUAUUGUGAUGGAAUGCAGCAUUGUUCGAGAUGUAAAAUGCAAUGCAGGUGCUGGAAUGAUAUCAAAAAAGCAUACCCUUGGUGAAGUCUGGGUACAGAAAACAUCUGAAAUGAAUACAGAUAAGCAGUAUUUUUGUCGUACUCAUUUGGGACACCUUCUAAAUCCUGGAGACCUGGUUUUGGGGUUUGAUUUGGCCAACUGUAACUUAAAUGAUGAGCAUGUCAACAAAAUGAACUCAGAGAGAGUUCCAGAUGUG